AUGACGUACCCCAACGGCGUCGCGCUCAGCGCCGACCGCACUCACCUCGUGGUCGCAUCUACCGGACCAUGCAAGCUGCUGAGGCAUUGGAUCAAAGGGGUCAACGCAGGCACAUCGGAGCCUUUUGCCGACCUGCCCGGCUAUCCAGAUAACGUGAGGCCCGACACCAAAGGAGGCUAUUGGGUGGCGUUACACCGCGAGAAGAAUGAGUUACCCUUUGGUCGUGAUAGUCAUCGUCUCGCUGUCAGGGUCGGUAACGAUGCUAAGAUAGUCGAGGAGAUGAGAGGGCCAAAGAAGGUGAGGCCCACCGAGAUUAUGAAGAGAGCAAAUGGCAAAAUCUACUUGGGUUCGGUAGAGCUUCCUUAUGUCGGGGUUGUUAAGCGCAAGUAG